AUGGAAGAAGGGGAAUUCCUGGUUUCUCUGGAUAUUAAGGAUGCAUAUCUUCACAUCCCAAUAUGGCCACCUCUUCACGCUUACCUCAAGUUUGCACUGCAGGACAGUCACUACCAGGUCCAGGCCUUGCCUUUUGGUCUCUCAACGGCACUGAGGGUGUUAUCAGGGGUGAUGACAGAGAUGUUACUACAACUCUGCAAGCAGGAAGUGAACAUUGUUCCAUACUUGGACGAUCUCCUCAUAAUGGCUAUAUUCAGAAAAUCCCUCCUAGGACCUACGCAGAGGCUUCAGUUCCUGGUAAUGAUACUGGACACGGUUUCUCAGAAGGUGCUCCUUCCUGUGGACAAGGCAAAGAUAAUUCAGAUGAUGGUAUGUUCCAUUUUGAAGCUGAACAAAGUUUCGGUACAUCUUUGCAUACGCUUACUGGGAAAGAUGAUGGCCUCCUACGAUGCAGUUCGAUCAAGUCUUGUUAUACAUCAGAGAAGUCACACAGGUGAGAAUCCAUUUCCAUGUUCUGAGUGCGGGAAAUGUUUUUCCCGGAAAUCAGAACUUGUUAAACAUCACAGAAGUCACACAGGUGAGAAGCCAUUUCCAUGUUCUGAGUGUGGGAAAUAUUUUGCACACAAAUCAAGUCUUGUUAUACAUCAGAGAAGUCACACAGGUGAGAAUCCAUUUCCAUGUUCUGAGUGCGGGAAAUGUUUUUCCCGGAAAUCACAACUUGUUACACAUCAGCGAAGUCACACAGGUGAGAAGGUAUUUCCAUUUUCUGAGUGUGGGAAAUGUUUUGUGCACAAAUCAGUUCUUAUUAGACAUCAAAGACGUCACACAGGUGAGAAGCCGUUUUCUUGCUCUGACUGCGGGAAAUGUUUUUCCUGGAAAUCACAACUUGUUACACAUCAGCGAAGUCACACAGGUGAGAAUCCAUUUCAAUGUUCUGAUUGUGGGAAAUGUUUUGCACAGAAAUCAGUUCUUCUUAGACAUCAGAAAAGUCACACAGGUGAGAAGCCAUUUCCAUGUUCUGUGUGUGGGAAAUGUUUUGCACACAAAUCAGAACUUGUUAAACAUCAAAGAAGUCACACAGGUGAGAGGCCAUUUCCAUGUUCUGAGUGUGGGAAAUGUUUUGCACUCAAAUCAGAUCUUCUUAGACAUCAAAGAAGUCACACAGGUGAGAAGCCAUUUUCUUGUUCUGAGUGUGGGAAAUGUUUUACACUGAAAUCACAUCUUGAUAGACAUCAGAGAAGUCACACAUCAGAGAAGCCACUGAUAUGUACUGAGUGUGAGAAAUGUUUUACAUACAAAUCAGAUCUUGUUAUACAUCAGAGAAGUCACACAGGUGAGAAGCCAUUUCCAUGUUCUGAGUGUGGAAAAUGUUUUGCAAGCAAAUCAGAUCUUAUUAAACAUCAGAGAAGUCACACAGGUGAGAAGCCAUUUUCAUGUUCUGAGUGUGGGAAAUGUUUUACACGGAAAUCAUAUCUUGUUACACAUCAGCGAACUCACACAGGUGAGAAGCCAUUUCUUUGCUCUGAGUGUGGGAAAGGUUUUGCAAACAAAUCAGAUCUUGUUAAACAUCAGAGAAGUCACACAGGUGAGAAGCCAUUUCCAUGUUCUGAGUGUGGGAAAUGUUUUACACGGAAAUCAUAUCUUGGUACACACCAGCAAACUCACACAGGUGAGAAGCCAUUUCUAUGCUCUGAGUGUGGGAAAUGUUUUGCAAACAAAUCAAAUCUUGUUAUACAUCACAGAAGUCACACAGGUGAGAAGCUGUUUUCUUGCUCUGAGUGUGGGAAAUGUUUUACACAAAAACCACAUCUUGUUAUACAUCACAGAAGUCACACAGGUGAGAACCCAUUUCCAUGUUCUGAGUGUGGGAAAGGUUUUGCACACAAAUCACAUCUUGUUAAACACCAGAGAAGUCACACAGGUGAGAAGCCAUUUUCUUGCUCUGAGUGUGGGAAAUGUUAUACACAAAAAUCACAUCUUGUUAGACAUCAGCGAACUCACACAGGUGAGAGGCCAUUUCCAUACUCUGAGAAAUAAAUCAGCUCUUGUUGCACACAAUAGACAUCACUCAGUUGAGGAACCAUUUUAAUCUUCUGGAGUAUACUCAUCAUUGCCAUGUGUUGUUCUUCAAGGUUCUUAUCCUAUCUCCUAUGCUUUUUGCAAUAUACAUGCUACCACUGGGUAAAAUAAUCAGAUGUCAUGCCCUCAUCUACCACUGCUAUGCAGAUCACCUGUCUUUUGCUCCAGGUAUUGAGAACCCAGUACCAAUCCUAAAUGGUCUCGCUGAGCUCCAGGUGUGGGUGAUGCCAGUUGGCUGUGACUCAGUCCUGGUGAAACAGGUCUAUAUGGUAAAAGCUCACCAACAAAGAUCAGGGCUACAGCUCAGCUUUGCAAACUAACCAGACUUUUGCUUGGGGGUUCAGAUUUACAAAAUGUUGAUCAUGUGUGGAAUCUUGGUGUAAUGGAUGGUGUAGUGACACUUACACAUCAGGUAUCAGCCACAAUCAGAUCCUCAUCUGAGGAACAUAGCCAGACUCCAGCACUUAUUUCCCUCAGAAGAUCUACCUACAGUCAUACAUACAAUGCCACGGCCACAGGGCGCUGUAUAAAAGUGACCCCCGGCUGUGGCAUUAUCUGUCCAGCUAGUGGAGCCCGGUGCUGGUACAAAAAAUACGUGUGACCUGUAUUUUUUGCACCAGGACCAGGCGCAGAGCCCGGUGCUGGUUGUUAAAAUACGGGGGAUCCCCUGUCCUUUUUUCACCGUAUUUUGGCAACCAGGACCGGCCCAAAGAGCCCAAAGCUGGUUAUGCUUAGGAGGGGGGACCCCACGCAAUUUUUUUCCGGGUUUUUUCCCGUUUUUUUAAACAUUUUUAAAAAUCUAAUCAAAAUCCGUCAAAUCGCCCGUUUUUUGACAGCGGGACUGUCAAAUUCAUUUUUUAUUGAAUAUGUCGAAUUCCGACGGUCGAAUUGUGUCGAAUUUAAAAAUGGGUGAAAAUGUGCCGCAAUUCGCCCGGAAUUGCAUAUACCCCAUAGACUACUGCAAUGUCCUCUACCUGGGUCUCCCAGCAAAAGAAUAGCACCGCUUGUAGCUUGUACAGAAUGCAGCAGCCGGGCUGUUACCUAACCAGCCCGUUCCUGCCACAUAACACCCAUUCUCUGCUCCCUUCACCGGCUGCCUGUAAGAUGGUGACUCUAUUACAUAAUCUUACUGACUCUCCCAGCCCUACAUGACCAGGGUCCAUGGUACCAGAAGCAACUUCUACCUCCUUACUGCCCUGCUUGCUUACUUCCAUCUGCAGAUGAAGGACUGUUACCAGCAGUACCAAGAAUCCCCAAGCACUGCUGAGAGGUCAGGAGGAAGACAGGGUGGUGGCACUAGUGCUGUAGCGGGGGCUGCCGGAGGCACUGUCUGUGGGUAAUAUUGUCCCCAAGCAGCGCUAAGGUGUCAGAGGGGAGACAGGGCAGUGGUAGUAGUGGGGGAGGAC